UCACCUCCUCUGCCAUGGCUCAUGGCUCAACACAGUGGCAGCACUGCUACCCAGACCCUUUACACUGCUACCCAGACCCCUCUCACUCCUCUGCCAUGGCUCAGCGGCAGCACACACCGUUCACACCAAUCUCAGCGGCAACACCAGCGGCGAUCAAAACCUUUUCACCAAUCUCAUCAACCUCAGCCCAGGUACCUCCCUUUCCCCCUUUUUUUCGUUCAGCACCCUUUCACCAAUCUCACCAAGCUCAGCCCAGGUGCAAUGGGGGUUUCUUCUUUUAUCUUCUUUCUUCUUUGUCUGUUGAAGCUUUGGGUCUUUGA